AUGAGAUUUGCUCGAAAAAGCAAAGGUUGUUACUCGAACAGCUUUCGUCGAUUGCGAGUGGACGAGACCGGCGCAGCGAGAGACGGCACGGCACGAGACGCCGGCCGACGAUCCCGGCAACGGAAGAGGUCGCUGCCCGCCGCCAUAAUCCUUGCUUUCAGUUCAUCUUUGUGUGUUCAUAUCUAUCUAUCUAUCUAUCUAUCUAUCUAUCUAUCUAUCUAUCUAUCUAUCUAUCUAUCUAUCUAUCACAGUCUGUUCAUUAUCUAUGUAUCUAUUGAUAUCAGCUUGUUUCUAUCUAUCAAUCUCUCUGUCUAUCCCGAUUUGUUCAUAUCUAUCUAUCUAUCUAUCUAUCUAUCUAUCUAUCUAUCUAUCUAUCUAUCUAUCUAUCUAUCUAUCACAGUCUGUUCAUUAUCUAUGUAUCUAUUGAUAUCAGCCUGUUUCUAUCUACCAAUCUAUCUCUCUGUCUAUCCCGAUUUGUUCAUAUCUAUCUAUCUAUCUAUCUAUCUAUCUAUCUAUCUAUCUAUCUAUCUAUCUAUCUAUCCCCGUCUGUUCCUUAUCUAUCUAUCUAUCUAUCUAUCUAUCUAUCUAUCUAUCUAUCUAUCUAUUACAGUCUCUUCAUUAUCUAUGUAUCUAUUGAUAUCAGCUUGUUUGUAUCUAUCAAUCUCUCUGUCUAUCCCGAUUUAUUCAUAUCUAUCUAUCUAUCUAUCUAUCUAUCUAUCUAUCUAUCUAUCUAUCUAUCUAUCUUUUUUCCUUUUUAUCUUUCACUUUUUACUCUCGUUGCUGUCUUUAUCUAUUUUUAUCCUUCUUCCCUUCCUUUUGUUUUCGCUUUCGUUUCUGUCUUUUCAUAUUCCACUCUUUUCUUUCUUUCUUUGUUUUUUUCUUUAUUUCGUUCUUUCUUUCAUUCUUUCUUUUUUUUAUUUUGUUUUGUUUGUCUUUCUUUCUUUUUAG